UCGGCGAGGCUGUCAUCGCCGACCCCCUUCCACUCGACGAACGCCUAAGUACGCGUCCAGUCCGACGCCAGCUUAUCUUUCCCCUUGUACAAAGUAGCCUGAGGCUGCCAUAUCGACCAGUCCAUCUCUUGCUGUUACCGAUUCCUCGCAAUCGCCAUGGCUAUGGAACGCGUGAAGCAGCUGGUGUCGCACAUGUCUGGCACGUCCAGGGGCGUCGCUGCAUUGGAGCGCAAGAGCCCAGACGACGUGGUCAUCACGCUGGCUAUCCGUUCGCCCUUGUGCAAGGCCAAAGGCGGAGGAUUCGCGUAUACAAAGAGCGACGAGCUCCUGACGGAAAUAUUCAAGAAAGUUAUCGACCACUCAAAGGUCGACCCCAAGCUAAUCGGAGACAUCACCGUCGGGACUGUCCUGUCCCCCGCCGCCACCUAUGAAGCUCGGUGUGCCGCCCUUGUCGCUGGGAUACCAGAGUCUGUGCCGAUCCAGACGGUCAACCGCUUCUGUUCGUCCGGUCUCAUGGCGGUGACGGACAUCUCGAACAAGAUUCGGGUCGGACAAAUUGAGGUUGGUCUGGCCAUUGGCUUCGAGAGCAUGUCACAAAAUCCGGACAACGGUGCUCCAGUGUACAGUGACGCAGUCAAGGCGCAUACGGCGGCCUAUGAGGCAACUUUGCCCAUGGGCUGGACUUCCGAGAAUGUAGCCGGUGACUUUGGCAUCUCGCGUGAAGACAUGGACGAGUGGGCAGCCAUUUCGUUCCAGCGUGCCGAGAAGGCAGACAAGGCGGGGUACUUCGAAAAGGAGAUUGUGCCCAUCACCGCGUACGGCAAGCCAGACCCAGAGACAGGCAAGCGCGAGCCGAAAGUGGUCGCCAAGGACGACGGGAUUAGGCCGGGGACGACCAAGGAGAAGCUUUUAAAGGUUCGCGCGGCGUUCCCUCAGUGGAAGCCUUCGAAUACCACAGGCGGGAAUGCGAGUCAGAUCACGGACGGGGCGGCUGCAGUCAUGCUCAUGACGAGGAGGAAGGCGGAAGAGCUGGGAUUGUCGAUUAUAGCCAAGCAUGUCACCACCGCAGUGACCGGUCUGGCACCGCGGGUGAUGGGCAUCGGUCCGUCAAUUGCUAUUCCCAUGGUGCUCGAACAGGCCGGUAUUACGAAAGAAGACGUUGACAUUUUUGAGGUCAACGAGGCUUUUGCGUCCAUGAUGGUGUACUGCAUCCGGACAGUAGGCCUUGAUCCCGAGAAGGUGAAUGUAAACGGCGGUGCGAUUGCGCUCGGACAUCCUCUAGGCUGUACCGGCGCGCGACAAAUUGCCACAGGACUCAACGAACUAUCGAGGCGAAAAGGCAAGAUCUUGGUGACCUCGAUGUGCAUUGGGACCGGCAUGGGUGCCGCAGGUGUGUUUGUCGGCGAGCAGUGAUGGUGGGAGACUGGUGGCUAUUAAUUCUUCGCCAGCCCUUGACGACGUAUGCAUGUAUUCAUCCUUCUGCGUAUUUCUGGAUCUGUGUGCCAGUGUC